AUGAAACGUAUUCCCCAGCCUGUGCCAGAUCCUGAAAAUCCUACCCAUUUUAAAUCGAUCAAUGACACACCAACUACCACAGAAAACGGGCAGCCUCGAGUGCCCGAUGAUUUUCAGCCACGUGCAAACAUAAAGAAAAUGUUUAGUGACAGCAUGUUAACAACGGAAGAAGAGCUCCAGCAGUUUUCGGAGAUAUUUGCCGUGGAGCCACACUUGAUCAAGGCAUACAUUGCCCAUUUAGAAAAUCUUAAAAUACAAAGCGGCAUUAGAACAAGGGGGCGCGCAGAACAAAAGCGUAAAAUGAUGUCCAAAACGUUUGAAGAAUAUGCCUGGCGCGAUCUCGUAGAGUCUGGAGAUUGA